AACCCCCUCGCCGCCAUUUGCAGUGUCGUCCAGCCCGCUUCCUUCUGCCCCCGUCCUGUCUUCGUCUCCGUCUCCAACUCGCCGAAUAAAUAAUCCCUGCUGUCCCCGUCGUCGUCGGCCUGUGCUCUCGAUCCCGCACCCUUAUCAUGUCGACUGAAUCGUCGCCGCUGCUGUUCUCGGCCGGCGCUGCCGACGCCGUCGCUCCAAAGCCGCUUCCGUGGUGGAGGCGGCCGAGAAUGAAGACCCUGGUGCCGCCUCUGUUCCUGCACAUCCUCUCGGUGACCAUGGCGAUCGUACCGCUGCAGUUCUUCAUCAUCCUCAUCGUCUGCCAAGACACCGGCAUUAGCGCCUUCUUCGCCGACGGCAACUCGGCUGCUCUGCCCGACCUCAACAAAUGCAAAACUCCAGAGGUCCAGGCCAUCGUGGCUCGCUGGACCACCCUCCUCCAGAUCGCCCUGGCCAUUCCUGCGUUCUUCUCCGUGCCGGCCCUGGGUGCCUUCUCAGACCUCUUUGGACGCAAGUACGUCAUGGCCGUUCCGCUUGUGGGCGCCCUCGUCGGCACCUCCACCCUGAUCUUCAUUGCCCUGACCAACGCAAGUCUGUGGCUGCUUGUCGUUGCCCGCAUCUUCACGGGUCUCUGUGGCUCGUGGUCGGUCCUGGUCAUGAUCUCGCACGCGUACAUUGCCGACAUUGCCCCGGAGGAGAAGCGAACCACAAAGUUCACCCUGAUGGAGGCCAUUAUCUUCUUUGGCUUCAUGAUUGGUCCCCUGCUCGGCGGUGCCAUUGCCAAGAUCGAAGUGGUCUAUGUCUUCUAUACGAUGUUGGUGCUCGACAGCAUCGUGCUGUUGUACAUCUUGCUGUUUCUGCCCGAGUCGCUCAAGAAGACAUCCAGGCUGGAGCCAGUCGAGUCGGCGGACUCCGAGUCCCUGCUUAACCAGGUCGAGCCUUCCGCAUCGUCCUCCUCUGCGCCGCGUGGCUCGACCGCCGACUCGUUCCGGUCGACUUCGGCCCGCCUCAAGAAGCCAACGCUGUCCUCCUUUGCCGACUACCGCGAAGCCUUCUACCAGACGGUGCUCAUCUUUGCCGGCGAGGGCAGUAACCGCUCUCGCACCCUGGUCGCGCUCAUGUACUUUUGCAUGGCCAUGGCCACGGGCGGAUCCUCCUUCGGAUUGGUUCUCUACACCAACCUGCGCUUUGGCUGGGACUCUCUGCAAGUCGGCACCUUCCUCUUUGUGGCAUCCUUCGCCCGCAUUUUCUACAUGUCGCUGGUGCUUCCCGUCGUGAUGAAGAAGUUUGCGACGGGCAAAACGCUGCUGACUCGCAUCCGCGUCGAGAUCACAAUCAUCCAGAUCGCCUUGCUGUUGCUCGCUGUGGGCUACACCCUGAUUGGUCUUGCAACCGAGAGCUGGAUGCUCUAUGCCGUCGCCAUGUUUGAUGCUUUUGGCAUCGUCGCGGGUCCGACUGCUCGCAGCCUGCUUUCGAGAUCAACUUCGUCCGACAACCAAGCCCGCCUCUUCUCUGCCCUCGAGCUGAUUGACCAGCUUGCCAAGAUCAUCUCGCCCAUCUUUUACGGCUACGUCUACUCGACCAGCGUCAGGACCAUGCCCAACCUCAUCUUCUUUAUCAUUGGCGGCUUCUUUACUCUUGGCAUGGUGUCGUUGCUGCUGUGUCGAACGCGCCAUUUUGCUCCUGUUGUCGACCUAUCUCGCCCUGCGGACGAAGUCGGCCAAGCCGCCGGCGAGUCUGUGCUCCCCGUGGCCAGCGAUUCGGCUGCCUGGGCCUACGACACUGACCGCGAAAGUAUUCUGAGCGAAGUCGAGGAGAACAUUGUCGACUCGCUGGUUGAAGAGGCCUUCCAGAGCAAUGUGAGCCUGGCCUGAAAGAAUCCUAGCUCCUUCAGCUGUCGAUGGUGCUGUCGCUGUCGUUUCUGCCGCCGUUGCCAUGGCUGCAACUCAAAGCCUCGCAGCCGCACAGCAACAGCACCGACCCUUGCUCGAGAUGGGAUGUCUUGUGCUGCGCCCCACGCAGGGCCACAGCGACUGCCGCUGUUGUUCAUGUUGCCCUGCCGCUGCUGUCCUCGAGAAGCGUAUCAUGGAGCCACUGUUUUUGUCGUUGUUUCAGUCUCCGGA